AUGCUCGCCCGUCGGCUACUACCCCUCUCUCCCUCCGCCCAAACUCCCUCGUUCUUCCGCGCCUUUACCACUACCUCCGUGUUACGAGACCCCCCUCGCAGCCCGGCCUUGAGCGACCUGACCUCCGACGGAGCAGAUGCCUUCAACGUCAAACAGAAGGAAUUCCGAGAUGGGCUCGAGGCUGCCCGGAAAAGAAAAGAACAAGCUGACAGUCAGUUCCUUGAUGCUUCUGCGUCUUCUUCUGAUAGAUCCCCAAGUCUCACUGCUGCUGCAUCCCGCGUGUCUGAACCCCUGGGUUUGGGCUCACUCUCUACCGCACCCUCUACAGAAGAAGCAAGACAAGCCGAGACCGAUACUACCACCAAGCGAACCGGCACGCUCUCCAGCCUCAUCUACGGCACCCCCGAAGGCCAAAAUCUAGACAAAGAGAUGGAAAGAUCGUUCUCCCAGGUGUUGGCUAGGGGCAAAUACGUCCAUUCGAUCGUCUUCCACGAUGUCAAACCAGAUAAGGUCGACGACUAUGUAGAAUUGGUGGGCAAUUGGUACCCGAGGAUGGCCAAUGACCCGGAGAACAAGGUCCAUUUGGUGGGGAGUUGGCGAACAGAAGUGGGGGAUUUUCACAUCUGGGAAUACCAGCGCUACACGGGAUAUCACGCCUCACUCCACAGCAUCGCACAUCACCCUGAAUUUCCUGCCUUCGAGAAGAAAUUGCAGACUUUGAUCACUUCCAAGAAAAUCUCACUAAUGCAGGAAUUUUCAUUUUGGCCAACCACUCCCCCUCGAAAACUCGGAGGGUUGUUUGAACUACGAUCCUAUACCCUGCACCCUGGCAACCUGUUGGAAUGGGAGACACAUUGGCGCAAAGGACUCAAGGCACGCCGAGAAGUCAUGGAAGGCGUCGGGGCCUGGUUUGUACAGAUCGGAGAUCUGAACACCGUCCACCAUCUAUGGCAAUUUGCCGAUCUGGAGGAGCGGAAAUUGCGACGAGAAAUGUCGUGGGGUAUCGAAGGAUGGGGUGAUACUGUGCACAAAACCGUGCCAUUGAUCCAGAGCAUGAAAAGCAAGAUCCUCAUUCCCAUGCCGUGGAGUCCCGUGGGUUAA